AACGAGCUGGUUGGUUUUAAGAUCUGCAAGCUUCCCUCCAUUAUGGCCCUCCAGUUAUUUGUGCUGGAUCCUCAAGAGGGCAUCUUUCCAUUCUGAGAGGUUUGUUAGAUGCACUCCUUUCGGCAGCCCAGGGCUAUGCAGCAGACUAAGGACAACCAAAGCAACAGCAGCCCAAAGAACGAGAAAAUCCAUCUAGAAGAGAAGAUUUCUGGUCAGAGUUAUUGGCAGCAUUUGGAAGGUGGAAUCUCCGCUGGUGCUUAUGAAGGAGAUUUUAGCACUGUUGUUUCACGUUUCAGAAGUCAAGUGACAGCAAAACUACAAUCUCCAUGAGGAUUCAUUUUAUUACACAUUGAGCGACGAACAAUUAAAACAAGUUCAUGAAUAUAACUUUGACCAUCCUGGGAGGAAUGGCAUCUAAUGUCCUCAUCAUGCAGUUCCAAACAUGUGUGGCCUAAAGUGUAGAUCAGAUACAUCUUCAGAAAAUCUUUCCACAUUCCCAAAGCAUCUUUUUCAGGUUCCCUCUCAGCUUCUGAGUCUGUGAAGCUGGGGUGAUUUGGGAGCUUCUCAGUUUGAUUCUCAGUCAGUGUCUCUCCCUCAGCUUCUCAGUUAGCUCUUCAGUCAAUUUUAGGAUUAUAGAAGGUGGCUGCUUCCUGAAAUUUCCUAUGGCCCGAACAUGUGGGUGGGGCAGGAGUAGCGGGGCUGGUUGAUUGGGUUGGAUUAGUCAGUUCCUUUCUAGUAGCCUGGCCAACUUUGUAGAGGUGGUGUAAGGUAUUUUGUGAUUCAACUCAUGUGCAUUUGGAGCUGUGAUGAGGGGUUUGUACAUGGAUGGUAUGAGUUUAUUUAUUUAUUUAUUGCUUAGAGCAGGCUCUUAUUGCUGAAUUUUUUUGGGAAGUUAUCUCAGUCACAUCAUUUUAAUAUUGAUGGCUAGCUGAAGCUUCAGAGGAUGCGGCUCACUGGAACAAAGUAUCAUUAAUUUUGGAGAGUUCUGACAAUGGUUGUGAUUGGUUCUUAUUGUUUUGCUAUAUGCCAUGUUCUCCGUUGUCAGUGUCUCAAUUAAGGCUGUUGUAAGUCUAUGAUGGUGCUGAUCCUAUUGGAGAUGUGAAUAUGCUGUUCAUAUGUUUGGAAAGCAGAUUCUGGUGCUGCUGGUUGUUCUUCAAGAGGUUUAUCUGAUGUUGGCUUCAGUCUCCCUGUCAGAAGGUGGUGCUGCUGUAAAGUCUGGCUGUUUUGAUAGGAUUCUAUAUCCCCUUAGGGUGCUUGGAGCUAAAGUCAGAGGAGGUGGUGGCCGCAGCAGUAGUUAAAUUUGAAGCUGCUUUUCUCAGCCUCCCCUGCUCUGAUUUAUGUGGUGUUCUGGCAGUUUGAUGUGUCUCCUGGAGCUUUGUAUGGGGGAUGAGUCAUAUGAGCUUGCUUUCAGUUGUUUUAUAUGUGUAAUUAUAUCGAAGUAGCCUCGAUUGCAGGGGUAGCUGCUUUCUCUUUGGGUUGGAAUGCAGCGCAGUUGGGGGUUUCUCCCACAGUGGAUGCCGCAGAAUCUGAUUCACUUUUGGCUGUUGUUCUUUUCCCUUGUUCGGGAUGCAGAUUGUUUGAGUUUAUUCAAUGUUAUAUGUUGCAUUGUUCAGCUGAGUUCUGUUUCAUGGUGCAUCAGUUAUGCUGCUUUUCGAAGCUAGGUGUCCAUCAGUGUUGUUGUUGCUGGUGCUCAGAUCCCUUGGGAGCUAAGCAAUGAAAUGUCAGCAUAGUUAUAUUCUGCUUCUGCAUUGCUCCCCUGCUUAUUAUGCAUUCAGCUCGCUCUAUUUAGUCUGAGUCUCGAGAAGGGUCAUGCUAGUUUCCUGCCAUGAUUCCAUGCUUCUAGUUGAGGUCUGCGUGGAGGCCUUGUUUCAGGUGUUGGUAUUGUGUAAGCUAGGAUGCAGGUGGUGGUGCCUCUAUCGCUUUGAAUCGUAUGGGUUGUUGUGAUCCCUGCAGAUGUUGGAUAAUCUCCUGCAGGGCUAGUUGUUUGGGUGGGUUGAUCCUGCAUUCCCUGUAGCUGUUUGGAUUCAAUCAGUGCCCGAUCCCAUGCUGUAUCAGAGCAUCGAUGUCCCAAGUGCCGUGGGUUUGUGCAGGUGUUUGCCCAACAUCUCAGAAUGCGCAGCAGUGGAAGCAGUUUGCAUGCAGGAAGGCUCAGUGGAUGCCUUUGACACUGAGUUGCUACUUUGUACGAUGGAGAAAUUGAAACUUGGGCAAGGAGUUAGUAUCCCAAACUAUGAUUUCAAGACUCACAAAAGCUAUGGAAUACCAGCACGUCAGGUUAACCCCUCAGACGUCAUAAUAUUAGAAGGAAUACUGGUUCUUCAUGAUCCUCGUGUACGUGAUCUCAUGAACAUGAAGAUAUUUGUCGAUACAGAUUCUGAUUUGCGGUUGGCAAGGAGGAUAAAGCGUGAUACUGUUGAGAGAGGUAGAGACAUUCAAUUGGUUCUCGAUCAAUAUGCUAAAUUUGUGAAGCCCGGUUUUGAUGAAUUUAUACUUCCAUCGAAGAAAUUUGCGGAUAUCAUCAUCCCUCGAGGAGGAGAUAAUGACGUGGCAAUUAACUUGAUAGUGCAACAUAUUCAUACAAAACUUGUUCAACACGAUCUUUGUAAAAUAUACUCAAACCUCUAUGUUAUCAAUUCAACCUUGCAGAUACGUGGCAUGCAUACACUAAUACGUGAUGUUAAAACAACAAAGCAUGACUUUGUCUUUUAUGCUGACCGACUGAUCCGCUUGGUUGUCGAGUAUGGUCUAGGUCAUCUUCCAUUUACGGAAAAGCAGAUCGUAACUCCAAUAGGAUGCAUUUAUACUGGGGUGGUAUUCUUUAAAAGGUUAUGUGGUGUCUCAAUAAUUAGAAGUGGGGAAAGCAUGGAGAAUGCAUUAAGGGCAUGUUGCAAGGGUAUCAAAAUCGGGAAAAUCCUUAUCCAUGGUGACCGUAACAAUGAUCGGCAGCUCAUCUAUGAGAAGCUACCGUCAGACAUAUCAAGCCGCCAUGUUUUAUUGCUUGAUCCAAUUCUUGCUACAGGAAAUUCUGCCAUCCAAGCUAUUUCUCUGCUCAUUAAUAAGGGUGUGCCAGAAUCCAACAUCAUCUUUCUAAAUCUUAUAUCAUCUCCUGAAGGAAUACACAUGGUCUGCAAGAACUUUCCAACACUAAAGAUCGUGACGUCUGAGAUUGAAACUGCAUUAGAUGAAGAAUUCCGUGUAGUUCCUGGUAUGGGGCAGUUUGGGGAUCGCUACUUUGGCACGGAUGAGUAUCACCGCAAAGAAGAAAUGAUGUCAUAAGAAGCUACACGAAGAAUGACUAGACGUGCCAUGUUUCUGUUAAGAGAAGUUUUGACAGUGUGUUUGAGGCUUAAGUUAGGUAUUUAGAUAGUGGUAUUUUACAUUGCUCAGCCGACCAUUUGUACAGUGCCUUUAUGGUUUUCAGUUUGUGGAACUGGGACGUGUUGUUCCAUGAUCGAAACUGUUGAUAUUAUGGACCCACUGUCAACAGUCCAGGUACCAACAUAAUCCUAGAUGAUCAAAUUUAAACCUUUUAAAUGUGCAGGUAACAAAGAAAUGCAGCAAUGGUUGCCUUGUAACCAAUAAAAGGCCAGAGUCCAUUGCCAGGAUCAUCUUAUUUAGAUGGUUUUUGUUGCAUGGGCAAUCCAUGGUGAAUCCCACCACAUCUGCAUUUUGGAUCAGUGAACCAUGGACCCAAGCGUGGACAAACUGAAAUCCUAAUUGUACUGUACAAACCUUCCGGUCGAACAUUGUAUCAUAUCUCAUCUCAAUAAUCCACUUUGAGAGUAGUGGGCAGGAUGGAAUUCCACUUUCAGUACUGCUAUUGCAAUAAUGGCUCACUGGCAGGCACUACAUUUUUCAAUCAUAUAGACAUCUUUUCAACUAUUUUCAAUGUUAAUAACGUCAUAAAUGAUUGUGUAAUACGAUGAUGUGUCAUAUCUAGGAUUCUUAUUUUUGCA